AGGGACGCGGACGAACAGGCCCCUAAUCACUGAGCUCUCUCUCUCCGUCUCUCUGUGCGAAUCUCUUCUUCGAUUCAAGCUCCGACGGGGACGACCCCCAUCAUCCUCGAGCUCAUCCACCUCCCUCGCCAUUGCCAGAGGUCGAUCGAUCGCUCGCCGGCCGCCGACGACCGACGAGCACCGGUUCCGUCCGACGGGGGUGUAGGACGGCAAGACCGCGAGAGGCGAGGAGGAAAUGGGGCUAGGGUUGCUGGCUUCGAGGGCUCUCCGGCCCGCCGCGUCGCGGCUCCUCCAGGACCCGCCGAGGCACGGGUUCGCCUGGGCGAUCGGGUCCACGCCCGAGGGGCAGAGCCCCGAGGCCUCCGCCGGCGCCCGGUUCCACUUGCCGAACCCGGAGAACGCGAUCGAGGUGUUCGUGGACGGGUACCCUUUGAAGAUCCCCCAGGGCAUGACGGUCCUCCAGGCGUGCGAGGUCGCCGGGGUCGACACCCCGAGGUUCUGUUACCACAGCCGGCUGUCGAUCGCCGACAAGUAUAGGAUGUGUUUGGUCAAGGUCGAGAAGUCCCUGAAGCCGGUCGCUUCCUGCGCUAUGCCCGCGCUUCCUGGGAUGAAGAUCAAGACGGACCCUCCAAUUGCUAAGAAAGCACGAGAAGGGGUGAUGGAGUUCUUAUUGAUGAACCAUCCCUUAGAUUGUCCAAUUUGUGACCAAGGUGGUGAGUGUGAUCUUCAGGAUCAAUCUAUGGCUUUUGGUCUGAUCAAGGACGGUUCACUGAAUUGAAGAGAUCAGUGGUCCAUAAGAAUCUUGGCCCUCUAGUAAAGACUGUCAUGACUCGCUGUAUCCAGUGUACAAGGUUAGCAUUUUCACCUUUUUAAUUAGCAUCACUGAUUUUGCCCACACCAUGUUUAGUUUUUCUUCCACUUAUUUCAAAAUUGAUUACUUGGGAACUGGAGAAUGCUUCAUUGGUAUUUAUGUACAGCACAGUGUGAUCAUUUUGUUGUUUGGAUGAAAAAGUUAUGUUUUGGGAGUCGAAAGGGAUUUGUAGAGGUCUUUCAUGUACUCAUUUCCAAUUCCAAGUUGUAAGCACAGCAUCAGUAAUUAGUAUCAUCUCUUUUAAAUGGGGAUCGGGAUGGGCAGGCUUCGAACUCGAUGAUUGGGAUCCGUUGUUGUUAUGACUUGAUGCCAUAUCUUUGGCAGCUGAACUGUUUGCCAAAGUAGAAUUUAGAUUAUUAAUGCAUCUCUAUGGGAAUCUUUUGAUUAAAGGAAGUAGUUUUA